AUGAUAGUGUUUGUGAGAGAAAACAUAAUAACCCUUUCCCAUCAGCAUUCACAAACAGAAGGGCUAACAUUGCAUGCUCAUGCUGACUCAUGGCUUCCAUACAAUAGUGCCAUUGAUUGUUUGGAUGUCACGUUAGGUAUAAAAAAGGCUUAAAUUCAGGAUAGGAUUGCUAUAGCAUCACUCACUGUAUCAGCCACCAUGCAUGGCAAGGUAAGUUUAUAAUAGAUACUUUACUAUGAUUUACUGUGUUUCUGUUUGCACACGGCCGGUUCUUAUCAUUGCUUUAUUGCAUUUAUAUAGUGUAUUGUGCAAAAGAGGCUACAUGGUUGCAUUCUUCUAGCACUACUACAACACUAAAAUAAUGAUUCCAUUAUGAUAGCUGUUUACAUGUGUCACAAACGCUCUGCUGGACUCUAGAUCAUCUUCUACGAGGACAGGAACUUCCAGGGUCGUUCCUAUGAGACCAGCAGCGACUGCGCUGACAUGUCCUCCUACCUGAGCAGGUGCCACUCCUGCAGGGUGGAGAGCGGCUGUUUCAUGAUCUACGACCGCCCAAACUACAUGGGUCAACAAUACUUCCUGAGGAGAGGGGAGUAUUCUGACUACCAGCGUAUGAUGGGUUUUGGUGACUGCAUCAGAUCCUGUCGUAUGAUUCCCAUGCACAAAGGAUCCUAUAAAAUAAGGAUCUAUGAGAUGGAGAACUUUGGUGGUCAGAUGCAUGAGCUGAUGGACGACUGUGACAACAUCAUGGACCGCUACCACCUGUCUGACUGCCGGUCCUGCAACGUGAUGGACGGCCACUGGCUGAUGUAUGAGCAGCCCCACUACAGAGGCAGGAUGAUGUACCUGAGGCCUGGAGAGUACAGGAGCUUCAGGGACUUGGGAUACGAUAGCAUGAGAUUCAGCUCAAUCAGACGCAUUACUGACUCCUGUUAACAAAUUGAUCUGACACAAACAUAUGACCUCAGGAAUAAAAGACAUUUCAUAUUCAACAUGGCAUGUCGGGUAUUUUCAUUUAUCGUAUUUGUAUACUGUAUCAUUUGAAUACAAAUUUUCAAAACAUGAUGGAAAAUGAAGAAUCUAGAAGAGCAUUGUUGCUCAUUGAUCAGAUCCAUGGUCCUCUACUUUAGUAUCAACCUUAAAUGUUAUUGUUUACAACCUCAUAUUUUCACCAAAAAAAUAUAAGGUGGAAAACAUCUCCAUGUCUUUUCUGUGAAUUAAACUAAAUGUAUGGUAAACAAGAAAUGCAUGUGAAAAGCUUUAUAAUUAAAACAGAAGACAUAGGCAGCAUGGGAUCAUGCAAGUUGUUGUCUUCAUUCUUAAACAACCGCCACUGGCAAUGGAAAUCUGUCUGGUGUGACCCAAGUGGCAAUGUUCACAGACAAGGCAGAUCUUGUUCAUCCGGCCAAGUCACACACACACACACCUCUCUGACUGUU